AUAACCCUAGGAUCUACACGUACACCAUGUGUACAUAGUACUUUGGACUGCGUGUGUGUGUGUCAGACUCCUAGGAUAUGUGCAUAGAGUAAAUGCACAGAUCUGUGAUUUGAACACUGAAAGAGCUACCUGUAUGUAGUAGGUGAGUUCAAUUCAGUUCAGUGCCAGAUAUCAACAGGUAUCGUGCAUGUAAUGCCGUGCUAGAGUCCUUGUGCCUGAUGCAAUGGCUACUGUACCUGCAAAUGGGACCAUCAGUGGGGCGGUCAAUGGAACCGCCAAGGCAGUGGUCAACGGCAACGGCGACGGGAGCCGUUGGUUUGGACACCAGUCUUUACAGGAGAAUGACCCCGAGAUGUACGCCAUCAUCUUGAAGGAGAAGGAACGUCAAAAGAAAGGCCUAGAGCUGAUUGCAUCGGAGAACUUCCCGAACAGAGCCGUCCUCGAGGCCCUCGGAUCUUGCCUUCAAAAUAAAUACUGCGAGGGUUACCCCGGAAACAGAUACUAUGGCGGUACCCAAUUCUUUGAUCAAAUGGAGCGUCUGACCCAGAAGAGAGCUUUAGCUGCCUUUGGGCUAAAGGAUGAGGAAUGGGGGGUCAAUGUCCAGCCAUACUCCGGCUCUCCAGCAAACUUUGCUGUCUACACAGGGGUCAUCGGUCCUCACGGGCGCAUCAUGGGUCUUGAUCUUCCGGACGGCGGCCACCUUACCCACGGAUUUAUGACGCCCAAGAAGAAGAUUUCUGCGACUUCGGUGUUCUUUGAAUCCAUGCCGUACCGGGUGAACCAGGAGACUGGACUCAUUGACUAUGAUGCCCUUGCCGUGAAUGCUCGAUUGUUCCGUCCUCAAAUGAUCAUUGCUGGUAUGAGCUGUUAUCCUAGGAAUCUUGAUUACAAGAGAUUCAGGGAGAUUGCCACAGAGAACGAUGCUUACCUUAUGGCUGAUAUGGCUCAUGUCAGCGGUUUGGUCGCUGCAGGAGUCGUAGCCAACCCCUUCGAGUACUGCGACAUCGUUACAAGCACGACACACAAGACUCUCAGAGGACCUCGAUCGGGGAUCAUCUUCUAUCGCAAAGGUGUGCGUAAGGUUCUGAAGAAUGGCACAGAGGUGAUGUAUGACCUUGAGAAACCAAUCAAUGAAGCCGUCUUCCCUGGUCUUCAAGGCGGACCACACAUGCAUGCCGUCGGAGGCGUUGGUGUUGCACUAUUGCAGGCUUCACAACCAGAGUUUAAGCAGUAUGCCCGUGAGGUUGUGGCCAAUGCACAAGCCAUGGCUGCAGAGUUGAUUAAGAGAGGUUACACUAUUUGUACAGGCGGAACUGACACGCAUCUUUUACUCCUUGACCUACGACCCCUUGGACUGGACGGAGCUCGUGGCGAGUUCGUCCUCGAGCGCGUCGGAAUCGUUCUGAAUAAGAACACGUGUCCGGGAGACAAGAGCGCCCUCAAGCCCGGCGGUCUGAGGAUCGGCACCCCGGCCCUCACUUCCAGGAACUUCAAGGUUGAUGACUUCAUGAAGGUGGUGGAUUUCAUGGACAGGGGUUUAAAAUUAACUGCGGAGGCAAAUAAGAACUGUUCCGGACCUUUGCUGCGAGAUUUCAAGACAUAUGUCACAACCGAUUCAGACUUCCAAUCCAAACUCGCCGCCCUGGAAACGGAGGUCGAGUCUUUCGCUGACAGCUUCCCAUUACCGGGUCAUGAAGUGUUGUAAAGCAUUCAUCAAGCUCUCAUCGACGAAGUUCUUUGGACCAAUCAACCAUGAGUGCUUUACAGCGCAGUCUUUGAUGGGCAGUUGUUUGCUUAUUUGUAAGACUGAAGGACUCCUUGAACUAGUGUUCACUUUGAAAUUGCGUUUCAUCAAUAGUUAACAUAUUAGAAGCAUGCCAUGGUGUAUUAUGUUGGGACAUUGUUUUAUAGUAUUAUUAUUCUGAAAUUUGUCUUCCCCACCAGUGACAAUUGAUAAAGUGAUUUAAGCCUAGAAAGUGCAACAAUAUCAUUACGUUCUUCUGUUUGGUGAAUGUUGUAAUCUGAAAUAUGACUUGUGCCAUGUAAUCUAGCUAUUUCAAUGCAAUUCCCUCCAUUGUCACUGCCUGCUUUGUUUAGUCACAUAAUACAUAUCUCAAAGGUUCAUGUGUAUUUGCGACUAAAUUACAUCAAUAAGCGGUUUAUGACUUUUUGAUUUUGACUGACAAGGUCUCGGCUCUUUGCAAGGAUUUCAGUACCCUAUUACUAGAGAUAUUAGUGACAGAGCUGCGAACUAGUACUGAUUUUCAGUAUUUAGAGUAGUACUAAAAAAUGAGAUGAAAACUGAUGAUUUUAAGUUUCAGUUAUAUAUGUUGUCUUAUGUACUUCUUUGAAAAUACUGAUUUCCUAACCAAAAACUGAUUUUCAGCUGGGGGGGGGGGUGGAUGUGCAAAAUGGUAGCUUUAAUAGUCUAUGGAUAUUUACUAUCCACAAGAGGAGCAAAUGAGGCUGUCAUUUUUUUUUAGAGUAACUUUACAUGACGAUGUAUAGAAAAGAGUCAUGAAAAUGGCAUUUAAGCUUUCUUGACACAAAAUCUGAAGAUGAGCAGGUAUUCAUUGUACUUGAUGAGAUACAAUUCAGGAUAUUUGACACAAGAUAGUAUUUAAAUCGUUAAUUGAUACUAUUGGAAAGAAGUAUUGUGGUUUAUGCCGGCUUACAUCUCGUUUAGCCGUAUGUCAAAUAUGCUGAGAUGGCCAGAAUCGAUCAACUUUGAGGUGUGAAUUACACAUAGUCUAUGUAUACCUUGUGUAAGAAACGGACUCUUUUGGGGAAAAGUUUAAGUUAUAUUUUUGUUUUGUUGUGAUGUUGCAAUCAUGUGGAAAUCAUCAUUAAUACUUACUUGUUAAUAUGUUGUAAGGCUUAACAAUUGCCUUUUUUUUCUUUUAAUUUAUGUCUUGAAUAUGUUAAUAGGCAACCUGGACUUGUGUUACUGAUAUUUUAUUUGUUUCAGUUUACUUUCUUAUUCAUUAAUCCGAUAUUAAUUUUUGAUUUUACAAUAAACUUGAUACCUCAGUCCCAUUUGCUCUAAGGCAGCUGUACGAUGACUAAAAAAACAGCCAUUUAAAUUUUUUUUUGUACUAGCUACAGAUAGGUGGUUUGAAUGAAAAUGAAAAAAAAGGCUGCCGUAGAGCAAAUGUGACUGAGGUAGAAGAAAGUGGGUUCCAAUGCAAUGGAUAUCACAUAUUCAUGCACCAAAAGUCUCCCAUGUGUAUAUUGUGAAUACAUGUAGAUAUGUGAUUCAAAUUAAACUUGCAAGAAUUUGCAAGAUUCAUUCCAACUCUCUAUAUUGACAUUUACUUAAUUCUAUAUUGCAGUAUUGUCUCCAUUUAGACAUGUAAAAUAUUGACUUGUUAACCCUUUCCAUGCGAAAUGCACACUCGGUGUCACGCAAACUUCGGAUUUUACGCUCAAACAAUGCAUUGUUUCCCUCCCUGAAAAUAAUCCAGCACAGAGGGGUUCAGCGCGCAAAGAGUUAAAGACAUCAUUGAACAUGGACUAUUCUACUACAUGUACUGUAUUGUAUGUGUAACAUUAAAACAUGUAUAGUUUACAAAAUUGAUACAGUCUUCUCUUUCAGAGUCAAUGGCCGUAUUCUGAAGUCAGGUUUAACUUAGACCAUGGUCUAACUCUGCUAAACUUAUGGGAAGCCCAAAGUGUCAAAAUUUGUAUUAAGUUGUAUGUUUCUUAACGUUUAUGGUGCUCUUUCCUGAUUCAUCGAUGGUGAAGACAAUCAAUAUACUUCCUAGACAAUUAUAAAUGAUUUGAGAGCCAAAUGAGCUGAAAUAUUAUAUCUCUUCUGUUAGUGAUUUAUGUAACAAUUGGCUAUCCAUACUUAAACCACAACUUUAAACCUGAGUUUAAGUUGAACCCAACUUCAGAAUAUGGGCCAUAAUCAUCUUCUUAUGUACAAUUCUGCAGGGGAGCAUUUCAUGAAACAAAUAGUUAUUUUCCCUUACUAAUUAGCUCUCAGCCAAUCAGAUACAAGGAUUUCAGUAGCUUAUAACAAUAUAGACAAUUGUUAACUGAAAUGACAGAUUUGUUUUUCUUCUGCAUUCAUGUAACCUCUACAUAUGUAUGUAUUAGCUUUUGUCAAUUUUGUGUGCUCAUUAUUUCUUUGAUCUUGUUACAAACCAAAGUUCUUAAUGUCAUUCCAUAAUUUGCUUUUUUGAUUUAAAUUAUUCAUUAAAUGCAAGACAAAUAUGUUUUGAGCUCAUGAUAUCCUUAGAGUUUGUCGUCAGUUCGUAAAACGCUUGAUAUUGAAUAAUAAUAUGAAACAUUUUAUUAGUACUUAAUGUUUCAAAGUGCUGUAUAUUAUUACCCAAGCUUUAGCACGGCUUUGCUGAUCAGAAGCAUUCAAGGAAUUCCUAGUACGACUAGGUUUUCAAUCCCACAGUAAAGAGGAAGACAAGUCUAGGGCCUAGGCUUUAUAUCGUAUACUUUUACUGUUCAAUGUAAUGUUACUUACUUUGCCAAAAUUUCCACAAAAUUGUUGGAUUCUGUUGUUUUAUUAUAUAAUAAAAUCAGAGUUGAGAGAUUGAAAUAAUACGGUUUGCAAUUGGAAUGUGUAAUUAUGUCAGACUAGCUGAUUUGUUGGACUAUCAGCUGAUAAAGAUGUAAUUAUUUUUCUUAAAGAUUAAAAUUUCUUCAUGUA